UGCAUCCUUCUAUAGCACAAGAUGAACAGUGGCAUCUGCCUGUGUGUGCUCCUGGUGACUCUGUCGGCAUCGUGCCUGCGACGGACGUGCUGCUCUGCCCAGCGGGAGGGCUCUGCGCCCGCUCUCUCGCGCCACGCCCGCUCCGUCAAGCCUCCCAUGCCCGCCACAGAUGGCACAGGUGCCAACGCAGUUGCUGCCGCCAACCUAAGCGAGCUCCUCACCAAACUCAUGGCCAGGAAAGCUUUUCUUCGUAAGAACUCGUUGUCGAAAUCGCGAGCAAGUGGCCUCGGCGCCAAUCACCAGAUAAAGGACAGAGACUACUUGGGCUGGAUGGACUUCGGCCGCCGUAGCGCAGAAGAGUACGAGUACUCCUCAUGAGAGACUGUGGAAAUGCCCAGAGUGGAAUCAGCCCGCCGGUUUAAAGAAUAUCCGGCCGACCUCGGAGAUCUCCGUGGUCCCCCGUCAUUCCAAAAUCCACUGCACAGGCAGUGUUUAGCAAUGCAGUAAAUCAUAUUUUUACCAUUAUCUUUCUGUGUUUGAUGCACAUCUGUCUGUAGAGCAGUCUACAGAAACCAGUGCAGCUCUGGUUGUGCUCCGAUUCUUUGUAAUAAUGAUACAUGCGGCAUAUUAUGAAUACUAUUACGAAUAGAAUUAAUGUAUAACAUAAUUUAAGAUGAUAAAAAAAUAAAACAAGGAUUGACUGAAAGUAUGAUCAUCCCGGCAUAACAACUGAU